UUUAGAAUCUUCAGUCCAUACAUGUGUUCUAACUCAGCAGCGGCGACUACUUGAACACAACUCCGGCGAAUCUCCGGCGACUCGAGAAUGGAAAUUCCGAUAACUCAACCGGUGAUAGCAGUGUUAAUCUCGUCGGCGAUCGCCGCACGCUCCUACAAGAAGAAGUCUCUCGACCUUUCCGGCGCUCUAGCUGGCUUUCUCGUCAUGACUAUCCACUUCGCCGUCAAUUAUAGGUUUGGAGCAAUGCUGCUUGUUUUCUUCUUCACUUCCUCGAAGCUCACGAAAUUCGGAGACGAGAAGAAGCGCAAGAUUGAUCCCGAGUAUAAAGAAGGAGGACAGCGGAAUUGGCUACAAGUACUAUCUAAUGCUGGAAUUGCAAGUCUUCUAGUCAUUUUGUUCUGGGUGAUGGCCGGAUCAGAAGACAAAUGCUUAGAUUCAACAGAAUCCAAGUUUGCAACAGCUCUAAUCGGCAGCAUCAUUGGCCAUUAUUCCUGCUCAAAUGGAGACACUUGGUCAUCAGAGCUUGGGAUCUUGAGUGAUGCACAGCCUCGACUAAUUACAACCUUCAAGCCAGUUCGAAGGGGAACAAAUGGUGGAGUGACCAAAGCAGGACUCAUAGCUGCUGCAGCGGCAGGAAGCAUCAUUGGGCUGACUUUUGCUCUCAUGGGAUUUUUUACAACAAACUGUAUGUUUGAUAAAUCACUGAAUCAGCUACUGGUGAUACCACUUUCUACUCUGGCAGGACUAUCUGGGAGUGUUAUUGAUUCUUUGUUAGGGGCCACACUCCAAUUUACUGGAUUCUGUAGUGUCCGUAACAAGAUUGUCGGAAAACCAGGACCAACUGUGAAGAAAAUCUCAGGCCUAAAGAUUCUUGACAACAAUGCUGUUAAUCUUGUUUCAAUAGUUCUGACUGCAAUGUUGACGUCCUUUGCCGGCCUAUACAUUUUCUAAGAUCUUUAUAUAUUCGGCUAAACCAGAUAUCAUAGAAAGUAUCCAGUUCCUGUUAGGCUUCUUAAAAUUGAUCCGUACCAUGUAUCUUCCAAUCAUUUGACAAAAUGUUUAUGGAAUUUGAACAUGUACUCAUGGUUUGUGUUCUGGAAGAAAAACAAAAAGGAAGAAUGGAAAUCCAUUUUCAGUGCUAAA